AUGGACACUACACCUGCACCAUCUAGAGCCACCACGCUGCCGUACCAAACCCCUAAACGAGCCCGAAGUUCACCUACUCCUUGUCCAGCAGACAUAGGCUGUGUUGUAGGUAGGUCGGCGAUGGGGUGGGAUAUAGCUGGAUGGGUUGGUUGGUGUUCGGCGAUUGACUACACAAAAGAAUUUCAAGAUUUCAUCAACAGUUUUUCAAAAUCAAACAGAAAAGGAGUUAUGAGAACUGCUAGAAUCUGUGAAUUCAAUAAGAAAUUUAAUACUAAUUUUCAAAUUUAUGUGCCCAAACAUAGACAUUUUCAACCAAAGAAAGUAUCCGAGGAAUUAGAUUGGGUAUUUUACUUACAUAAAUCACAUUUCUGUCUCAUUAGAAGAAAUAACAAAACCUUAGGCAUUAAAGAAAUAGAAGAUAAUUACGAUGAAAACGUAUGGAAAACUUGUAAAGAUCAUAAUGCGGUAACACAAGUUUCACCUCUAAAACUAAACUUUUUUCCAACAAUUCACGAUGAUUGUUUAUACGCAUGGGAUUGCGAAACCUAUAGCGAAAAAGAAACGAAUAAAGCCAUUCCUUAUUUUUGCACGUUAAUUAAUUUAGAAAAACGAAGAGAAAUGUUAUACAGAAUAAAACAUAACUUUCCAGAUUUAAAUCCCACUGAUAGUGUAUCAGAAGAAUUUUAUAAUAAAUUAAUGAAUAUAUUAGAAAUAUUUGUGGGUAAAGAUUGCAUCGAUCAAAUGUUGCAACGUUUAGGAAAAAUAGAUCAAACAUUAAUUUCUCAUAACGGUAGCGGUUUUGAUAACUGGAUCGUGCUUAAAAAUGCGAAAAAACUAACGCAAUGUCCACUAGUAACAGCUAGAGGCAUUCAUGGGGAAAUUCAUCUAAUCUACCGAUGA